AUGUCUUCUUUCAACGUCGUUGUCUUUGGUGGUGACCACUGUGGUCCGGAGGUUACUGCUGAGGCUGUCAAGAUUCUCCGUGUCGUUGAGAAGACCCGCGGUGUCACCUUCAACUUGCAAGAGCACCUGCUUGGUGGUGCUUCCAUUGACGCCACUGGCUCGCCUUUGACCGAUGAGGCUCUUACCGCCGCCAAGAACGCCGACGCUGUUCUCCUCGGUGCUAUCGGAGGACCUAAAUGGGGCACCGGCGCUGUCCGCCCCGAGCAGGGUAUCCUGAAGCUGCGCAAGGAGAUGGGCACAUUCGGCAACCUGCGCCCCUGCAACUUCGCCGCGCCCUCGCUGGUCGAGAGCUCCCCCCUCAAGGCCGACAUCUGCCGCGGUGUUGACUUCAACAUCAUCCGUGAGUUGACCGGUGGCAUCUACUUCGGUGAUCGCAAGGAGGAUGACGGCUCCGGCUACGCCAUGGACACUGAGCCCUACUCGCGCCACGAGAUCGAGCGUAUUAUUCGCCUCGCCGCUACCCUCGCCCUGCAGCACAACCCUCCUCUUCCCGUCUGGAGUUUGGACAAGGCCAAUGUCCUUGCCACUAGCCGUCUGUGGCGCAAGGUCGUCACUGAGGUCAUGGAGAAGGAGUACCCCCAGGUCUCCAUUGGUCACCACCUCAUUGACUCCGCUGCUAUGUUGAUGAUCAAGGACCCCCGUAAGCUGAACGGUAUCGUUGUUACUAGCAACCUGUUCGGUGAUAUCAUUAGCGAUGAGGCUAGUGUCAUCCCCGGUUCUCUGGGUUUGCUUCCCAGUGCCAGUCUGAGCGGCAUCCCCGAUGGUAAGAGCCGUGUCAACGGUAUCUACGAGCCUAUUCACGGCUCUGCCCCCGAUAUCUCUGGUAAGGGUAUUGUCAACCCCGUCGCUGCCAUUUUGUCCGUUGCCAUGAUGAUGCAGUACUCCUUCAACAUGAUUGAUGUGGCCCGCGUCAUCGAGACUGCUGUGAGCAAUGUCAUCGAGGCCGGUGUCCGCACUGGCGAUAUUGGCGGCUCUGCUAAGACCGCCGAGGUCGGCGACGCUGUCGCUGCCGAGCUGGAGAAGCUGCUUAAGUAA